AUGUCUUACGAUUUCGAAGACCAUGAUCUCUUCAUCACACCGAGGGUAAGUAAUGGAGAAAAAGUUAACCUUUGAAUUUUGAUACCAAAAAAAGAAAAAAAGUUCCAUGGAAAAAAAUUAUAUGAAAAUUGUAUAAUCAAAAAAAUAUUUUUAAAUUUCUUGGCAUCUGAAGAAGAAAAAAGUGUGGUUUCAAAAAGAUCUUAAACUUCAAAUUUUCAUGCAAAUUUUUGAUGGAUUCGGGCAAUUCAUCGUUUUUUCGCGUUUUUAUUUAGUUUUCCAAUCGCAAAAAAAAUUGUUUGAUAGGCCCAAAAGAAUGUUCAGAUAUCUUUCUUUUCCUCAGCUCAAGGAGGAGCAUCACGUCAUAUGAUGGUCAACGGAAGUAGUCACAGGUAAGGAAAAAAUUUCCUGCCGUAACAAUAACGAGAAACGACCAGGAUGGCAGUGAAGAUAAAGUGCAGCGACAACGACCUUUUCCGCGUUUCUCCUGUUUUUUGCCUGCUUGAGCCGGGAAAUGCGCAGAGGUUGCAAGUGAGUGUACAUUUGUGAUGAACCGACAGUUGAGGAUGUAGGUGAAAGUAAAAAAUUAUCCAAAUGAGGGCUGAAAGACUUAGUUAUGAUUGCUGUUUUUAAUUUUGGAGCACAUUUUAUUAAAUUCGAACGAGGAGCUUUUUUUCGAACUUAUAUGUAUUUUUUGUCCAUUGGAACUUUUCCUAUCGCAAUUCAAAUUUCAAAAAAUUUACUAUCAGUGUUUUUUUUAUGUGUCGUUUCAGUUAUUAACUACUGAGAGCUUUCAACAAGAAAUUUAAAAAAUUCACUAAUUAUUGGAGGAAAACAUUUCAUUUUCAUUUUCCAGAUUGUUCGAGACCCUGGUCCAGCCAAAAUAGAUAAAAUAGUUCUCCAAUACAAAACGACAAUGGCCAGCAAUGCUAGAGACGCAUUUCGGGAAGGAUCAGGUCAGCUCAUGGGAAAAACCAAAAGUCGAAAACUUCUUGCAGGGAUCAGUCGCAAACUGAUAGCUCUGGUGGCAAAAGGAGAUAUGACAGUGUCGGUAGCUCCUUCAACGAAUUUGAAGACAAUAUUACGUGAAAGCUGUCCAAAAUCUUAAAGAUGAACGAAGUUUUAUCAAGAUAAUGCCAGAAAUAUCAUAUUUAAAAUUGAAUCAGGCCAUUAUUUAUUCGUAUAAUGUUCUGUUUUGAAUAAAGUUCUAAACUUUUUUGUUUCUGUGAGGUGAAAAGUGAUUGUCUAAAGAAGAAAAAUUUUAAAAAAAUUUCUCAAUUCUAAAAAUUUUCUUGAAACAUGUUAUUAGUAAUGACAUUAAAAACAGAAAAAAAUGAUAUAGAUGAACUUUUUGAGGUUGUUUAUGAGAAAAAAUUCGAAAUUAAAAAGGUAGCAAACAGAAGUUGAGUUAGCUGAUAACGAAAAAAAUAUCCGAAAAAAAUGGUCAUUAAAAAAAUCAAAAAAACUGGAAAAGUGUAGAAUACUGAUAACCGUAGCAUUUUUUAUACUUCCGUGUAAUUUUCAAAGUUCUAUGUUUCUUUUUUUCCAUUUCUUUCUCAAAUAUCCAGUUAUCAUCGCCACUUUUAGAAGUGCAAAUGAACUUCAAUCUCGACUGUGCUUAUGUGGAAAUGCUUUCUGACAGUGUAAAGCGAAAGAGACUACAUAGAGGCUUUGCUUUUGUUUCAGACGACCUUCACCUCCCGCCGUUUCGCUCCCUUUUAAUCUUCGACUGAUUGCAAUCCAUUUCAUUUCAUUGCCCUAUUUCCUAUUUCCUGCAUUGACUUUAGAUUAACAUUUUUCAGAAUGAAAAGUUGUUUGUUAGCCGUUUUGUUGCCCUUGUUGGCUUAUUGCAUUCCACUUCCUGGUCUUCUACCAUCGAUCCCUGAAAUUCGAAAAGUCCAAAGUACAGCGGUCAAAGGAAAGUUUUUAUGCGAUGGAAAGCCUUACGAGAAAGCUCGCCUGAAGCUCUAUGAAGUUGAUCCAAGUGAGUUGAUUUUCCAAAAAGAAAUCAAACUCUAAAUAUUUUCAGUCAAGGACACGUUGAUGAGCGAGGCGUUGUCCAACGAGAGCGGCGAGUUCCAAAUGUCUGGAAACGACACUGAAUGGACCACAAUCGACCCGAAACUGAAUGUUUAUCACAAUUGCCACGACGAAACUAAAGUUCGAAGAUUAUUAAUUUGCUAUACUGUGGAGCCCUCACAGAUAAGAAUGAAAGUCCAAGGCUUUCAGGAAAUUGAGAAUCAACUUUUCAAUCAAGUGUUUUUUUUUCACCUUUUAGCAACAUUCAAUGAAGGUUUAUAUCUGAAACAAACAGAAAAUAGCCAAAAAUAAGCUUUCUGAUUUUUUGAACUUUUACCCUCAAAUAUCCCCUUCCCAUUUUUUUAAAAUAUUGAAUAACUUCAUUGCAAAAUUCAUUGAAAAAGCAACGAAAAAGAUCUCUGGCGGGCGUUUAUUUAUUGCAAUUCCUUGUUUUUUUCGAAAAAAAUUCAGGAUAUAAUUCUUUCUUCGCUUUCAUAACAAAAAAACUUUCCCUUCAGACUUUAAAUUAUAAUUUUUUUCAGGAAUGCUGGAGAAAAAAAUCGAAAUCAACAUUCCUGACGACUUCGUCACCGAAGGAGAAAAUCCCGCCAAGACUUUCGACAUUGGGAUUCUGA